UCUUCUUGCUUACCUUGUGUUUUCUCACAGACUAGUAUAUCGAUUUCCAAAUAAAACCAGCCAUGAGUAUUCGAGCCUGAAGGAUUGCUUGCAAACGCAAAGCAUGUUAUGCUUUGAUAAAUAAUUCAGAGACUAUAUGAGGAACAGAUUUCUGCUGUGACAUUGUGAAUUAAUGUUUAUGUGGCAACUGGUAAAAAACUGCAACUAAAACAUAGGACAGCUUUGAAUAUUUGAGUCCUAACUGAACAGAGAAGAUCUAAGAAAGAAAAUCUGGUUGAAAGAUUCAUUUGUCAGUCAAAAUAAAGAUGGUCAUUAUUUCGGAGGGUACCCUAAUGACAUGGGAAGAGAUUAAACCCUAUAUUCCAUGUGUCAAGAAACAAGCAAGACUGCAGUUUGUUCAUCUGUAUAGGAGAUAUAAGGACAAAAAGAAUUAUCCAUUUUAUUGGGGUGACGAGACUGAAUAUACGUUAAUACGAUUUGACCAUGAGAAACGUGUUGUCCAGUUACUGUUGACUGCUACAUCUUUACUUGCAUCUCCUGAAGUAAAAGGAUUAGAAUCAUGCUUGUGGACCCCAGAAUGUGCUGAAUUUACGAUGGAAGGCAAACCCAGGAAUCCUUUUGGUAGCUCCUUGACUGAUCUGAAUCGUAUAGAAGAUUAUUUUAAAGAAAGGCGUAAAUCACUGAAACAAUUGUUGGGUCCAAACCAAAGUCUGGUUACUUUAACAACUUUUCCAAGAUUGGGUUGCCCUAAUUUCUCUUUUCCUGCUUAUGAAGCAAACAAGCAAGCAACUGGAAUUCACCAAUCAGUUUUUAUAGCAGACGCUGCCUUGGGUUCACACUUUGAGUUCUUUAAAAACAUUUUUGAAAAUAUGGCAAACAGAAGAAACUGUAAAACUGUUAUCAAUGUCCCAAUUUAUAAAGAUAAAAAUACCGUAAUGCCAUAUGGAGAAGAUUUGUCCGAAUAUGGAGACAAUGAAGAAAUGAAGAAAAGUCUGAAACCAGAAUAUAUUUAUAUGGACUCACCAAUAUUCGGACUUGGUUGUUGUUCUAUACAAGUUACUUUUCAAGCUGCUGAUAUGAAAGAAGCUGUAUAUCUCUUUGACAAUCUGGUACCUCUUACUCCAAUUAUGUUGGCACUGACAGCUGCCGCUCCUAUUCAUCGAGGAUUUUUGUCUGAUACUGACUGCCGUUGGUGUGCUCUGAUUCCCACUUGUGAAGAUCGUACCAAACAAGAACAGGGUUUGGAACCUUUAACAAAUGGCAACAUCUUGGUGAAGAAAUCUCGUUUUGAUACAUUGAGCAGUUACCUUUCUGUGAGCGACCAAUUUUAUAAUGACUAUGAUUUCAGUUAUGAUCAUGAACAGUAUGAAUUAUUGAAGGCUGAAGGUGUUGAUGAAAUGAUGGCGAAAUAUAUUGCCCAGUUCCUGAUUAGAGAUCCUAUCACUUUAUUCAAAGAAAAGCUUCACCAAGACAAUGCCAAGGAUACUGAUCACAUUCAGACCAUCAUUGGAAGUAAUUGGCACAGCAUAAGACUGAAACUUCCUGAUGAAAAAUCUGGAUGGAAAAUAGAAUUUAGAACAAUGGAGCUUCAAUUGACCGACUUUGAAAAUGCUGCUCUUGUUGUGUUUAUUCUUCUUCUCACUCGAGCUAUUGUUACUUUCAAACUGAACCUUUUGAUCCCGAUAACAAAGGUUGAAGAAAACAUUUCAAUAGCACAGAAGCGUGAUGCCAUCAAUAAAGAAAAGUUUUACUUCAAGAAAGAUAUUCAAAAAGACUUUGCUGGUUGUGAACUAACUGAUGAUAUUUACACCUUGAUGACGAUAAAUGACAUCAUGAAUGGAAAGGAUGAUUUCCCUGGUUUAAUUCCUCUCAUACACAAAUAUCUUGAUUACAUUGACUAUGAUGCCAAUGGCAGACCUCAGAUAAUGCAAUACCUGAAAUAUAUCUCAGACAAAGCUGCAGGAAAUAUAAUGACAAUGGCUCAAUGGACAAGGCAGUUUGUUAGAAAUCAUGAGGAUUACAAGAAUGAUUCUGUUAUCAGUGAGAGAAUCACUUAUGAUUUUAUGAUGGAAUGUGAAAAGAUUGUCGACACUGAAGAAGGAUGUCCACAAAUAUUUAUCAAGUGAUAAGAAAUAUUCCAACAACUUUGUCUUAUAUUUAAUUAAUUUGUUUAAUUAACUAUACAGAAAAUAUAAUCUACAAAACCAAAGUAAUUUUAUAGUGAAACAAAGAAAUAUGUGGGUUUAUGUGUAGAUAGACAGAUGGAUGGAUGGAUAGAUAUAGAUAGAAACAGAUAUUCAGGUACAUAAAAAGGCAGACAGACACAGAAAUAGUUAGGUCAGUGUACAAAUAAAACAAUACAGCACUCAAUAAUUUUAUAGGAUGUACAUUAUUUACAUUUGACAGAUAUUUGUCCUCAUCUGGUUUGUUGUUAACACGUUUCGGCCAAUGUACUCUCCAGCCUUCAUCAGGUGUCCUGGGGGAAUUUCAAACCUGGGUUCUCAUUCCUAAGGUAUUUUUCCAAUGUUAUUAUUAUUCAGGUCACUGCCUGGAAUCGAACUUGGAAUCUUGCAGUUAAUAGCCUGUGCUCUUAACCACUAUGCUAUAUGCCCAUGGGCAAUUAUGGAGUGAAUUUUAGGGCUUAUAAAUCUAAUAUUCUCCUAUCCUUCCUUAAUACCGGUUUCCAUAUGCUGUUCAUAUCUGCACUCGGUCUGCUUAGGAAGUUAUUAUGUCCUAGCAUAUGUGCUGCCUCUUUUAGUUUUCAUAUUUUCCAGUGGUGUUCUCUGUCUAUUAUUUUAACUUCAUCCCACAGGGAUGAUGAUGAUGAUAACAACAACAUCGGAAAAAUACCUUAGGAAUGAGAACCCAGGUUCAAAAUUCUCCCAGGACAAAGGUGGACUUACCCUUUGACUAUUUCCAUUUUAUAUAAAUUUUCUUCCUUAUAAUCUGACCAUUAAGAGAGAAUGGUAAUUUAUAGUCAAUCUGACCCUUUUCUUUUCUUUCUUUAUGCAUUUUGUAUUUUGAUUGAAAUUGUAUUUUAUCUGUCGGUAUAUCUAUAAGUUUAGUUUUGUUUGUAAACUGCUGAAAACAACACAUCACUUUGGGAAUACAUUAUCACACUGAAACGAUGAGAGGAUCUAACGAAGAAUAUGUUUAAACAAUCACCAGAGGAGAUGCAUUCCACACCUUGGAUCUAAGAUAAUAAUUGCCCAUCUCACCUAUGUACUACUAAGUGUGAGAGUGUGUCGAAACAAUUGUAGUGAUUUGCAAAUAAAGACUGUCAUUCAUUCAA